CUGCCACGCGAUACUGAAUGCCAGCAAUUUAAGCACCCUCUCAUGCUCCCCUCUCCUUCGCCCCAUCGUGCCAAUGCCACUGCCACGUGUGAGAAUGCCACGUGCGGACCUCCCUCUCUCCACCAUGCCCACGCUCUCAACAUGCCGCUGUUCUCCCUCCACACCCUGGUUGUCAAGGGGGAUGCAGAAAGUGGGUGAGGCUGUUGGGACUGUCAUAACUAGUGCAGCUGGAAUAGACCAAUUGGAGAUGAGAGUGAGGGCGCUUGCCCUGCAGCUGGAAGAGGCUGAGCGACGACUAGGGGCGGAGAUGAAGGAGCACAGGGAGGCGAUGAUGCAGUGCAAGGCUGAGGUGGAAUUGAGGCUGAGUGAAGGCGAUCGGAAGAGAGCAUGGGAG